AGUGUGGAAAUGAGGAAAACAAAACCGGAAACCGACGACGCCUCUCUCUAUUGCUCUAUCUCUGGUUCUUGGAUCUCUGUCCUUGAUUAAACCUCGAUAAUCAGGGAGUUUUCGGGAUAAGAGUCUUUCAUCUGUUUCGCAGUCGCUCGCAAUCGGUGAAAUUUGGAAGCUUUUCAAUCUUAAUGCUUGCAAGGUUUAUCUGCCUCAAGCAAUAUGGGACAAAGAAAUAUGACGGUUGAUUUAGAAAUGCAACAGCAGUCUCAAGGCUAUGUACUACAACCCGAGCCUUGCAUCUUUUUAGGCAGUUUUCCUCAACUCGAUAUCCCUGGCGUGGUCACAGCCGCUGGGAAUGUCCCAAAUCUGGAAGCUCAUCCUCUGUCAGAGCCAUAUGACAACGCAAUGUUCUAUGGAGCUCCUCGAUAUCAUCAGAGUGUUCACCAUCCUCAUCAUCACCAUGCUUCAAGUCUUGAUGCGGGCAUUUCAACCGCACCGAAUUUCUAUCUCCCUUAUGUUUCUUUCCAUGCUCCGCCAGGUCAGUUGCCAUCUUCUAGCAGCCAUGGUGCGGUUGGAAUAACUUCUGAUGAACAUGAGAGGAAUGCCCAUGUGAUGGAUCCCACUAGAGGAUCAUAUAAAAGAAAGAAUGCAGAAGGAACACCUGGGAAUUCUCAGUAUUUAAGUAGUGUACCAGCUCCUAGUUCUUUCCCUCCUUUAAAUACAACCGAGGCAGCACCUUUCUCCUCGCCACAGUUUAGAGGGGCUGGUAGUAGUGCACAGUUUAGACCGGGAGCCACUACGAUGGAUCCUGUUCUCCCUCAUGAUCAGAACAACUUUAUUCAGGGAGGAAACUAUGCUGAUCAGCCUUUUCCACCGGCAGGAUCUAUCUGGUUUGACCAUCAUUGGAUGUGUAAUGGCAGAUCUGAUGGAUCGCCUUCCCCUUGGUCCCCGGCUUCUUCUGUACCUUAUAUGCCUGGUAGCAGUUUUGUUUCUGGUUCCAUAGAGCCUAGGAACAUGUGCCUCCCGAGAUAUCACGAAACAUCUAGUAGCAGAAAUCCCACGGCAUCCGUAUAUCCUUCUCCGCUAAACCCUAGGCACCACUAUUUUGGUCCAUCGCCGCCUCCUAUUCAACGAGUACACCCUCACAUGGCCUUGGCUCCAUACGGAAUUCCUGCCAACUAUGACCCUCAAAGCACUAUUCAUGACACUUCAGAGAUGGGUUCAACUCAUGUCGGAUCGAUUCAACCAACCGGGUUUAGGAUAUACCUGGAAGAUCGUGUACUUCCUGAAGCAACUUUCAGACGACGUGGACUCCCUCGACUCAGAAUCCUGCCAGCUGAAGAUGUUGCACUAGUGGAGGUAAGAGAUUUCAAUGACACUGGACAUCACGUCGACCAUCACAGAGACAUGCGUUUGGACAUAGAGGACAUGUCUUACGAGGAGCUUCUUUCGUUGAGCGAGCGUAUUGGAACCGUGAACACUGGUUUGUCAGAGGAAAAAGUUGAGCAAAAUAUGAAGACGAGAAGCUAUUUAUUGGCUGGAAUCAAUCUCGACGUGGAUCCAGCAAGUGAUCUUGAAACUGAUUCUUGCACAAUAUGCCAGGAAAACUACAAGAACCAGGAGAAGAUUGGGACACUGGAAUGCGGGCACGAGUACCACGCGGGAUGCUUGAAGAAAUGGCUGUUUGUGAAGAACGUUUGCCCCAUCUGCAAAUCCGAGGCGCUUGCAAUAUAGGAAGCUGUUCGUCGUUGUGCUUUAUCUAUUAUCAGGCUUUAUAUAUGUAUGUAUAAGAAAGAAAGAGAAGGGAGUUAGGGCAUUUCUUCUGGCUGCUACAAAAUCUGUAAAUCUGUACCUUUGUGCACAUUAAACGGUUAGGCUCCGAGGCUUUGGCAUGUCAUUUGAAACUUGACUCAGUUGUGGAAGAAAUUUUGUACAGUCUUU